AUGUUUCCAAGUACUCUUCCUCAACAGCCAAACGUAAAUCAAAGCAUUACAUAUCGUGGAUCUUUCACCACAACGACAAGAACGGUACCAUCAGGAGAAAGCCCCUCGAUGGUAAGUGCCUGGUUCAACCCCGAGAAAGCUUUUUCUCUGAAUAUUUUGCCGCAGCAAUCUGUCCAAGGACUCUCUGGAUUAGGCACUCCUAUAUCAAAUUUGGGACAUUCACCGGGACCAUCUACCUCACAAUUUGCAACGUCUCCGACAGCAAGUGCAUUUGAAACAGCUGAUACAGUGGCUCCAGAUUCUGCUUUUUCUCUUGAAAGUGCAACAGAUCCAACUCAGCAAGAUCUACUACUGCAUUUUAGCGCAUCAUCGCAAUUCGACCCAUCAAGUUUCAUCGUAAAACAACCACCUGUGUACAGUUCCUGCACCAGUCAUACUAUCACAUCUUGUGAAGCAUUGUUAGCCGCUGGCGGUCUUACAGUACAAUCUCUUCUCAGUCCCACCACCGAUGACUUUUUCGAGAGACAGCCUCAUUCUUUCCAAAAAUACCAAUGGUCUAACUUUCAGACUCCUUUAGCUGAAUUUUGUGCCACUACUGCUACUGAUUCUUCACAAAUUGAUGCUGGUCCAUCAGUGGUAAGUUUACCGACAAAACUUGAACCUGAUCUGGGCAUUGUCGCACAAAACACAGCUACGCUUGCCGAGUACAACCAAUCGACGAGCAAAGGACACGAGAUUUUAAAUCAAGCGUAUCAAAAUAGUCCUGUACCAUUGAAGUUGCUCCCAGUUAAACCUCGCAAAUAUCCGAACCGGCCAAGUAAAACUCCAGUACACGAGAGACCAUAUGCAUGCCCAAUUGAUCCCUGUGACCGAAGGUUUUCUCGCAGUGACGAACUAACAAGGCAUAUUCGAAUUCAUACAGGUCAAAAACCAUUUCAAUGUACCAUUUGCAUGCGGUCUUUCAGUCGUUCUGAUCAUCUAACAACUCAUAUACGUACCCACACAGGUGAAAAGCCAUUUUCAUGUGAUACAUGUGGGCGCAAAUUUGCAAGGAGCGAUGAAAAAAAAAGGCAUGCUAAAGUUCACCUGAAGCAAAAAACAAAAAAAUAUGGAAGAUCAGAGAAUUCUUCAAACGAUAACCUAGACGGACAAGGUCCAAGUUCUGGUGGUUGUCUUUCACUUGCGGGCUCAAGUUGCCCGUAA